AUGGAUCCACAACCCAAUGGCGGGAGCAACUUCACGUUCGUCUUCAACCCAACCAGCAGCUACUCUCUCGCGCUCAUCCUCGCACCCAACGGCAAAUACCUCCUGCCGUCCUCCUCCGGCCUCCUAAUCGCCGCGUUGAACCCUGAACUGCUGCCCUCGGCCUCUCGCUGGGAGUCUGCAGCGGUGUUUAGAGUCGAGCUGACGAACCAGGUGAACGGCGGGUGGCAGUACGUCAAGUCACUGGGCGGGCCACAGGCAGCAGCAGCGCCCAUGUCCUCCUCCCCUCACCCCCCCUCACCAACUCACUCAACCUUUCACCUCCUCCCUCUCCCCAUGUACCCCUCUUUCCCACCUCCCUUCUUCUCCUCCUUCCCCUCCCCCUUCCAUCUCCUUCAACCCUCCCCCCCUCUCCCCCGCUUCCUCCAACCAGACCAACCAGGUGAACAGCGAGUGGCAGUACGCCAAACCAACCAAGUGAACGGCGAGUGGCAGUACGCCAAGUCCCUGGGCGGGCCACAAGCAGCAGCAGAGCCCAUGUCCUCCUUCCGCUCCGCCUACCUCUCCGAAUCCGACUUCCAAACCAUGGCUGCCAACAAGAUCAACACCGUCCGCAUCCCCGUGGGAUACUGGAUCAUGGAAAGCCCGGCAAUCUCACCCUCCGAGUUCCCCUUUCCCUCCGGAGCCCUUGCCUCCUUGGACUGGGCGUUUCGAAUGGCGAAUAAGUACAAGAUCCGCGUGUGGUUCUCUCCUCAUGCGGUUUUCGGCACGAAUUCGGGGUUCCUAGGGGGGAGGUCUGGCCUGUGCGAGUUCUCCGUGCGAAACAACACCUUGCGGACUCUAGACAUGAUCGAGUUCUUAGUUAAGCGUUACGCCGCCGAUCCGGCUUUCCUCGGGCUCGGAUUGAUGAACGAGCCUCUAGCCCCGUGGAACUACGGGCUCAUGUCCGGAAUAUCUAUCGAUCUCCUGUCCUGGUACUAUAAGAGCGCGUAUGACGUCGUUCGGAAGUACUCUCCAUGCGCAUACAUCGCUUUAGAGGGGCGCGUGGGGAGCUCUAUAUGGGAGGUGCAUUGGUUGCUGUAUGGCACGUGGCACACUAAUAUAGUGCUGGAGCAGCAUAUGUAUAAUGUGUUCUACGGAUGGGAGGGGCUGACUCCGCAGCAGGAGGUGGAUCAGACGCUGACAGGGCGACUGGAAGAAAUCAAGGGGCUGCAAUCGUGGGGCAUGCCAGUGCUGGUGGGCGAGUGGUGUCUAUCAAUGCGCAACCCAGACCCCUCAGUGACAGCCCAGUUCGGUCUCAAUCAGCUCAAAGCAUUCUCCACAGCCAAGGCCGGCUGGCUGGGAUCACUGGAGCUUCGUCAAGAGCUCAGCUAA